UCUGCCGGUCGUAAACGACGUUCACAGGCUGUUGCGUUUCCCUUAGCGCCCCACAGCGCGCCUGAGCUACUCUCUGCAUGGGCUGGAUACUGAGCCGCAAUCUCGGCUACAACACCAACUCGCGCCUCUGUAACCACGAAAAUGCAACAUCAUUUCUCACACGACCAGCAAAGCUGAGGGAGAAGGCAGACAUGCGGACAGUGGAGAUUUUCUGCCAACGAAGCAAAGCAUCGGGCAACCUUGUGCAGCCACCACGAGACGCAAUCGGAGGCUGAUAUUUGGAAUACUAUACCGUGCGUUGGCAAAAGGCAUUCGCAGAUAUUGAGGCUUUAUCCAGUAGAGACCCAUGCCUGGUGCCCCUGAAGAAGCAGAGCCUACAGACCCCGUGGCGCGCUCACACACACCCCCUCACCCGCUCUCCUGAUGUACUAAAAGCACACAUUGCUGAACGGUUUGAUGGAGAGCUGGUCGGAUGACAGCUGGAACUGUUGUCAUAACUGGAGGAAUUCUCGCCACGGUGAUACUCCUGGUUAUCAUAGCAGUGCUCUGCUACUGUAGACUCCAGUAUUACUGCUGUAAGAGGAAUGAAUCUGAGGCAGAUGCCGGCUCCAUCGGGGACUCUCAGCCACAGUUUGCCUGCAACGCAUGCAGUGCCCCCGGGGUGGACGGCUCGGCGGUUACCCCUCUCGCGCUGCCCUACGAGCCGCCGCCGCCGCCAGCGGCGUUGGCGUUGCCGCAGCCGCAGGCCCCGCCCAAGUUCUGCCCCACCUGCUCGCCCUACUACAUGCGCUCCAUGGACGACCUGCGCAACGGCGGCGAGCGGCUGGCCUUCAUGCCCGCCCACUACGAGAACCCGUCCGCGUCCUUCUCCAUGUCCUCCUUGCACUCGGCACCGCUGAGCAGCCGCACCACCCCCGACUUCUACACCAACACCCGGGCCAUCAGCACCGACGUCUGAGCUGCGCCUGAGGGGGCCGCCUGCCCUGCGGCACACACCCUACAUGCGGCCCGCCUCACGGUGCAACGCCACCAGGCUCCUCCACACCCCCAUCCCACCAAAGGACAAUAAACAAAGACAGUCUUCUUCUUCGUCCACUUCCUUGUGAUGUGAUACAGACAAAGCAGGCCACUUACAGUACCUCAACAGGGGUCACCUCCAGAGGUCAUCUCAGAUACAGAACAUGCACACCUACUGUACCAACGCCACCCCCCCCAAAAUGCACCGUUGCCACUGUUCCUCCCUCACCCCUGUCCAUCCCCCCUUCUCAUUGGUACCGUCCCCUUUCAAAGCUUUUUAAUCCAGUUUUGUGAUUCCCUAUUCUGUCAGCUUCCCUGCUCUGCUGCAGUCUUUUGCUCCUCUUUGUUUUUGACAGACAUGAACUGUGAGGUCUGUGUGCAGUGUUGUGUUUCUUUUCUUCUUUCACCCAAGCAAUUCAUUUUUAUCUUCCUGUUUGCAAAAAAGAAAUCCGAAAAGCUGCAGUUAGAAAA